AUGGAGAACGAGGGUCAGCAGGUCAAUGAGAACAGACAUGAGCUGAGCGUCACCACUGGAAACAACACAACCCACCAGCACUGGAACAUCCAUGAGGAUGCGGUGGAUGACAUGCUUGGAGCCGAGGACCAUGCGGACUCUGAUUCUGUUGAAGAUGACAAUGAUGAGGAAGAUGAGGACUACCUUCCAAAGCGCAAGACAUCGUCCAAGCGUGUGAAGCGCCACACCACACAGCAGAUUCAAGAACUCGAAGCGGCGUACCGAGAGUGUGCCCACCCGGAUGUGAAGACACAGCGGGCACUUGGCAGAAGGAUCGGAAUGGAGGCAAGCCAGGUCAAAGUCUGGUUCCAAAACCGACGCACUGAAAUGAAGAAGAAGGCCCAUGCGCAGCAAAACAAGCUGAUUCAGCAAGAGAACGCUGCGCUGCUGCCCGCGAACCUGUCACUCCGUGAAGCCAUGCUGACGCAGUUAUGCGUUACAUGUGGCGGCGGGACGGUGCCCACCAAACCGUCGUCGGAGAAGCAGCGCUUGCUCACCGAGAACGCAAGGCUCAAGGAUGAAUACCUCCGCGCUUCCGCCUUCCUCAGCAAGGUCAUCCGUGAGGCGGCGCCAUCCGAGCCUCCAGUUUCUUCCACACACCGCGCGCGAUCGAUCAUCGGCUACAGAGCUGAUGGUGCCGCGCUUCUCCGGCACGCAGAGACUGCCAUGAAGCAGUUUCUGAUGCUCGCAACCAAGGGGGAGCCUAUGUGGCUGCCUACCACCAAUGGAGAGACGCUUAACUUCGUGGAGUACGAUGCCAGAACGUCCCCGCGGCUGUUUGGGCUCUGCCCCAAAGGGUUCGUCGUGGAAGCGACCAGGGAGACUGCCAUGGUUAGGAGCAGUGCUGCUGACCUCAUGGGCAUCCUCACAAAUGCGGCUCGCUGGUCCGAGAUGUUCUCUGGUGUCGUGGCAAGUGUGACCGCCGGUGACGUCGUGUCCAGCAGCAUUUUCGCUUCGUGCGAUGGGCUGAUUCAGCUGAUGAAUGCCGAGCUGUGGGUGCAGUCGCCACGGGUGCCGAACCGCAGCGUGAACUUUUUGAGGUUCAGCAAGAUGAAGGCUGAGAGGCAGUGGGUUGUGAUGGACGUGUCCGUCGAUGGCAUCCUUGGACGGGAAGGCAGCAGAAUGACCGACCUCAAUCUGAACAACAGCGCUAUGCCUUCUAGGUAUACGGGCUGCAGGCUGCUGCCGUCCGGUUGUCUCAUUGAAGACAUGAGCAAUGGCUACUGCAAGGUCACAUGGAUUGUACAUGCGGAGUACGACGAGACCACCGUGCCGAUGCUGUUUAAACCGCUGUUCCUCGCCGGGCAAGCUCUUGGUGCGCGCCGCUGGCUGGCGGUGCUCCAGAGGCAGUGCGAAUACCUUGCAGUUUUCCGCUCCAGCAGUAUUCCAGGCAUCGACAGCACAGUAGCAGCCAUAUCAGGAAUGGGAAGAAGGGGCAUCCUGCAGCUGGCCCAACAGAUGAUGACGGGGUUCUACGCGGCCGUCUCCGGGCCGGUAACUCAGGCGUCGAGCAACGUCAACGAGUGGAUUGGCAGCAUCGGUACUGGAGCCGAGAGCUUUGAGGUAGCUGUGCGUAAAGUGACCUGGAAGAAACUUUGUAGCGUGCCUGGAGAGCUGGCUGGCCUGGUGCUGAGCGCCAGCACCACGGUGUGGCUGCCCAGCACCCCGCCACAGGCUGUGUUCGACUACCUCUGCAAUGAGCAGCGCCGCGGCGAGUGGGAUACCCUCACCAAUGGAGCCGCAGUGAAGGAGAUGGUCUCUCUUGACACGGGCCAUCUUCAAGGCAAUGCCGUUUCUGUCCUCUGCCCUGAUGCGUCCGAUGGAACCGACAGCAAGAUGCUGAUCUUGCAACAGGCGUGUACUGACGCGUCGUGCUCCCUGGUGGUGUACACUCCAAUUGAGGAGAAGUCCAUGCGUGCUGUCAUGAAUGGUGGCGACCACGCCUCCGUCUUCUUCGUGCCCUCUGGGUUCGCCAUCCUCCCAGACGGCCAUGGCAAGGCUCGCCACGCUCCAGUUGCUGCUCCGAGCACCUCCCGCGCUGCCAUUGACCACAACAACACUGCGGGAUCUCUUCUAACCAUGGCAUUCCAGACACUGCUACCCAGCCCCCCAUCCGACAACCUUGGCACAGGGGCCUUUGAAGACGUCGUAAUGCUGCUCUGCCGUGCAAUCAAGAAGAUCAUGGCUGCCGUCAAGGCUGACGUCGUCAUCCCAGCCUAA